AUGCAUUGCGGCGCGGUGGUUAACGGACGGAGACGCGAACUGAUUCUUCGUGUUGGCAGAAACUUCUCCGCCAGAUCCUUUUGCUCUUCUUCUUCGUCGUCUUCUCCAUUCUCUGAACAUGAUCGUUUCAUCAAGGAAAUUGCAAAAUCUCAGCCUCCUAAGCAUCUGAAUCAGCUGCUGAGCAUAUUCACAGCUAAAGGCAAAUCCGUAGUUUCUCCUGGUGCCAAGCAAGGUUUAGUGCCUCUCACUAUUCCAUUGGUGAGAAUCAGCCCAGGUUCUUCAAUUGCUCUACUACGGUGGCCAACAGCUCCUCCUAGUAUGGAGAUGCCUGUGGUGGAAGUUCAGAAACAUGGAGUUUGGUUUUUAGCCAGUAAUGUUGAUCAGUUCAUACACAGAAUAUUGCUGGAAGAAGAUGUUUCCAAAAGCGGAGAAUCCAGUCAAGAGAUCUUUGAUGCUGCAGGUGAAGCUGGGAAGAGACUUUACGGUAAAGGUGACUUUGAGAGGUCUGGACUGAAGGAUUUAGAUGUCUAUCUCUUAAGAAAGGUUGGGCUGUUUCCGGAUUCUCUAGAACGCAAAGUUAUUCGACAUAUUGAGAAUGGAGAUCAUGUUUCAGCUUUGGUGGCUGCCGAGUUUUAUACAAAGAGAGGAAACUUUCCUGGAUUUGCCCGGCCUUUUGCUUUCAACGCAAAGGUUUUGCUGAAACUUGGGCGUAGCUUAGAAGCGAAAGACGCAGCUAGAGGUGCACUGAAAUCUUCGUGGUGGACCUUAGGAUGCAAAUAUGAGGAAAUUGCUCGGAUAGCAGAGUGGGGAGAAGAAAAAAUUGCUCAGUAUAAAGAGAAAGUUACAGAAGAAGCACGAAAACGGGAUAUAGACAGAGGAAAGCCUAGGGCCCAGGCAGCAUUCGACGAAGCUGGAUACUUGCUGAAUCUAGCGUCGCUUGAAGGGACAUGGGACGAGUCACUGGAACGAGUAGCUCAAUGCUACAAAGAAGCUGGGCUCAACGACAUUGCCGAGUUUGUUCUGUACAGAGAUUGA